AUGGCAGAUACAGGAGCAGCUCAUAGCUCACUAGCGUCGCGAAUCGCCGCGCUGGUUCACACAUAUUAUAAUGGUUUGCCGAAUGGCAGCAAGCCUGUCGUGAACGAUGAUGGGACUGGGCAAUGGAUUCCUAUGUCGGCAAUUGUCCUUGUUAAAGGCGAGGGCACCCCAUCAGAAUCCGUAACCUGUAUCGCCGUCACAAGCGGCGCAAAAUGCCUCCCAGCAACCAAAGUCGGCACAUGCGAAGGCCUAGUCCUCCACGACUGCCACGCCGAAGUCCUAGCAAUGCGAGCAUUCAACCGCUGGCUUAUCGCCGAGUGCUACGCAUUCAUAGGCCGCGAGGAAAUCCAUCGGCGGCCGUGCGACGAAAAACUCUCGCCGUAUGUUUGGCGCCGGCCCAUACUCACCCGCGACAGUCCCGUCUUGCCGCCUUUUGAAAUCAGACCCGAUGUUGGCAUCUACAUGUACUGCACCUGUGCGCCUUGUGGGGAUGCAAGUAUGGAGCUUGUUAUGGCGGAGCAGGAUGAUCCUACGCCUUGGGUGCCGCCGGCUGCAACUGCGACUACGACUACGACUACAGCUGCGUCAGCUUCGACUUCGAGUCGACCUGGAGAGCAAGCACUCCUAGACGGCCGCGCGCAUUUCUCAAAUCUAGGUAUUGUGCGCCGCAAGCCGGCUCGCAGAGACGCCGAGGCGACAAGGAGCAAGUCCUGCUCGGAUAAGCUUGCGCUGCGGCAGGUAACGUCCCUGCUGAACUACGGAGCGAGCUUACUCGUUGCCGUGACUGCGAAUGCGUAUCUCAAGGGCCUAGUCCUUCCGGAGGAAGAGAUUAGCCGGACGGGCGUUGCGCGAUGUUUCGGCGCCGAGGGGAGGAUGAAGGAUCUCGUCGGGAGGACAUGGCCGAUUACGGAGACGAAUGCGGAUACGCCUGGUGUACAGGGUCUGCCGGCGAGCGAGACACAGGACAGGCAUCGGUACGAGUUCAGACCGUUUGAGGUGCUAUCAAUACCCGAUUCACAGCUGCGAGCGCUUUGGAAGUUCCGGAAGCCCAAGGCCUCGGAUCCGGGUCAAACAGCCGCACAGCUAAAGAAGAGCAAGCCGGGCAAUAAAACAGUCAUAUGGAUCCGUGCGCCCACGAUAGACCACGAAUCUGAAUUCGGAUACCCGUCUCUAGUGAGCCGUCUGCAAACUCUCCGCGGUUCCAAAACUGGCGUUUUCGAAAAUAUCAUUGGCGGCGUCAGGCAGGGUCACAAAUCGUCGGAUCCUGGGUUGGCGGGUGCGUCGGCGUUGUCGAGGUGGCCGCUGUGGUUGCAUUGGAGGAAUACUAUGUCGGUUACCCAGCUGUUGCUUGGGGAGCAUGAGGUUCGCGACGGCGAUGGGAUGGCUAGUAAUGUUCUGGGAGCGACAGGUGCGCUCCCGGCGUUUCUAGAGGAGAAGUAUUGCGGAUUCAAAAAGCCGGAUGGGUAUAAGAAGUCUGGUUGUAUCAAGGCGAGGAGAGAUGCUGUGCAGGCUGCUAAGGAGGUUCUUGGAGGGUGGGUGCCGAAUGUAAAAGAUGACAACUGGCCCCAGCAGGAGUGGGAGGAUGAGGAUUUUGGUAAUGAUGAGGAUCCCGGGACUUCACCGGAUACGGAAAGCUCACAGGGAUCUUUUGAUUCAAGAGAUUCGAGAGAUUCAAGAGAUGGCCCUGGUGCUUCAAAGAGGCGGAGGCUUGAUGUUUAG